GCAGCGAACACUGCAGUGCAGUAGCCAACCAGCAACCAGCUAGCCAGCUUGACUACUUAGAGAAAUAUGGAUGAAAUAUCAAGACAAGUCAACUGCUGUCAGACCGACCCCCUCCAUAUGGACCCAUAAACAUGUCCACAGAUGACAGUAUCUCUGAGGAUGUGUCCAGCUCGGGGGCUCUGAGUCAUUGCCAUGUCAGUCCAGACGGGGAUGUGGGUAAAGAGAGUGAAACUUCUUUGGUGUCCUCCGAGGGGACAUCAGCUUCGGGGCUGGCCGUCUCAGAGGAGAAGUACACGACCUCCCAAACAACAGGAGGCACCGUGGAGAGAAGGCCUUUGGACAUCACACCAGCAUGCAACAAGAUCAGGAGUCUCUGUCUGAGCACAGAUGAAGCAUUUGAUCAAGGAAAGAACCUCCCAUUUAUCAACCCAAGCUCCCUUGAGACCCUUAGGGCCCUGGUGCAGGAAAUCCAGAGCAGUGGAGAGACGGACCCUGAGAUCUGGAAGGAUUGUGAGGGUCGAUGGUUGCACCUGUUCCAGCUGGUUGAAAAGCAAUACCAAGAGCAAAUACUCGCUCAGCAGGAACAAUACCAGUGCCAAAUACAGUUGAUUCAGGAUGAAAUUAAGGCUUUGGUUCAACUCCAGAACCGCCAGGCCAGCGUCCAACCACACACUGAGUUCUCGCCAACUCUGUUGACCACAAGUACUACAGACACAAAGGACUAUAUAUUCCCUCUGAUCCCCAGUGGCUGCACAGCUCUCAAAAAUGUGCCAAGUGACAAUGACAGCCUGGCAGCACCCGUCCACACUCCUUUUAGCUCCCCUUCACCUCCACUUCCCAGAUCAGAGGCACACAACCAGGGGGAGGAGCGGGCGACCACAGUGCUCAGCAGUGGAUACGGCACCCUGUCUGCUUGGGAAACCGGCCUGGAGCUGGCUGAGUCUCCAGGGGGCGAUGUGGAGGAUGGUCAAGACAGAGAGAAGCAUCAGUGGAGCGGCAACCUCCAGGAAGUCACAGAGACGGCUGUGAUUGGCUGCCAGCAGGAGUUUUCCAGUCAGAAGGCUGUCGAAGUGAAUAAUCCUAAUCCGUUAGUGUACCAGCAGAAAACUCCUGGCACCAGCCAGCAGCUGACCUCCUGGGCCCAGAGGCAGAAGCUCAAGCCCAAGAAGAGCAAAGCAGGACAGGCUUCACCUCAGAUCCCUGAGGACCAGGGGCAUCUUCACAACCCCAGGACCACCAGACAAACCCCACAGGAGAGCACAGACUCCCUGGACCAGCAUCGAGCGGCCGGGCUGUCGUCCAUUGCUUUCCCCCUGAGGAGGAGUGACAGCCUGAUGUCUGAGGCAUCAGGCCUCACUUAUUGGCGUCUGAAUGAGUGUGAACUUUAUCACCCCCUACCGGACAGCUUUGACAGUGACGCUUACCUCCUCCUGCAAGAGGCAUCCAUGAGUCUUUCUCAGGAGCCUCGGCUGUCUCUCAGAGAGAUAUAUCAGAACAAGCAGAAAGAUUGUAAACAACCCGACUGGGAUUGUUCUGUAACUUCCAGCCCUUUGUUGCCACAGGUGUUGACCUUGGACCCAGCAGCCAACACACGGCAGUCAGAUCGCACCUCUGGUUUCACUUCCCCCUCUCACUUUAGCAGCCCCUCGUUCGCCGCUCAGCCCCUCCUCUACCCCAGAGUCAGGACCCCCGUUACCCCCGACAGCAUGGUGGAGUGCAGCCCCAACCCUGGAGAUACAGACUGCAUCUCUGAUUCCUCCAGUCUUUCUGCUGUCGGACCUUUUCCUACUAAGGUACAACGCUUGUGGGAAACUGUAUCCCAGUCAGGCCUGUUUACCUCCCAGGACAAGAACCAGCCCUCUCACACAGCCAGUCGAGCCGGUGCCCCCUUAGCCAGCGAAGAGGAGGGAAGUAACACCCACACCAGCACCCUGAAGCAUCGUUCGGCCUCUGGUGCUUCUCAGCAAGCGGCAGUCGGUCCACACGUGGAGAAAACGUCAUCACUAGAGGAUCCUGUCGUCCUUUCACUGUUGAGGCAGAACCUGAGAGAGAAGCACUCUCGACAUGUUGCUGAUCUGAAAGCAUAUUACGAGUCUGAGAUCCAAAUCCUGCGAGAGAAACUCAAACUCAGAGACCUGCCCGAAGAUUUAGAGAAAAGCAAUCAAACGCUAACAGAAAGGUGUAAACAUCUAGAAAAAGCUCUCGCUGAUGCCACGAGUCGCAUUCAAGAACUAGAGGCAACAAACAGCUCUCUGGAGAAAAAACUGGCAGAAUGGCCGGAGCGCUACGCCGUGGCGGGCGCCACUGUGAAGUCCUUGCAGCAGCGACUGGAAGAAAGCAAACACUCAGGCAAAGAGAAAGACGCCCUGGCAGCACGUUUGAAGACCCGCGUACGGCAGCUGGAGGAGGUGGCGCAGAAAGCCUGCACAGAGGCAGACGAGAGGGAGGCGAGGAGGGAGAGGGAGUACAAGAUGCUGCAGGAUCUGCUCGGAGAAUACGACUCUCUGAUGAAGGAGCAUGAAGCUGUGAAGAACAACCUGGUGUCGGCAGAGAACAAGCUUUUUGAUGCCAACGAUCACAUAUCUGAGUUGAAGAGAGUCGUCUCCAAGCUGGAGUCUCAGGUGAAGCAGCUGGAGCAUGAGAACCAGGCCAGGGCCCGUUACGCUUCCCACAGCAACACACAGCCCUCGGGUGCCGGCCUUUUCCACCAUCCGGACCUGCUGCUUUCACCCAGCAAAAGCAGAGCAGAGCCUGACGUCACCCGGAGGAAGUCGCCUUGUUCUCUGUCUGACCAGCUGAACGGCUGCAGGAAACCACAGUUCUCUCAAACCAGCCAGUCAGGUGUCCACAAGCGCUCGGCUUAUUUGUUAAAAGAUCCGUCAUCAGGAGCUGGGAGCUCUGUGGAUGCUUCCUCAGCUGGUGGGAGCUGGAGGUGUCCGUCUCCUCCGGAGUGCGAACAGAUUCUGCUUCAGACCAAACACCUGGAGCAGACUGCCAGCCAGCGGGAGGCUGGUCGAAGAGAGGGGACCGGCACCCUGACGCCCAUGAUGAGGGCUCUGAUAGAGCUGGAGGAGACCAAAGCCACGGAGGCCCGGGCCCCCUGGUGCAGCCAUCAGAGGACUACGGUGGGACUCGUAGAGCGAAGACACAAAGAGCUGAUUCAGGAGCGAGCCGAGCUCCUCCAGGCGGAGAAGGAGGCGACCAAAUCGGGAGGCGUCGCUGCCAGAGCCGAGCGAGGAGGUCUGAAAAGUCAUGGCGAGGCAGAGAAAACUGCAGCUCUGCUGAAAGUUCAGAGGAGUCUGUCUCCAGAAGGCCACAGAUCCUCCUCACUGCCUCCUCCAGCACACAGAAACAUUCCCUCUGCUACACCCACUAAGAGAGAAACGUUACUCAUGCCCAUGUCUGCCAAGUCCAGCCCUAAACGCUGCCCCACGGAGAACUACUCCACCGCUUUUGGUCACCUGAUGCCGAGAGAAGAACACCUGCUGCAAAGGGUCGAUGGACUAGUGGAGAACAGACGUCACUCGUUCCACAGCAGCAGUCCCAGGAAGAGACUCCAGUUCACGUCAGCAGACAGAGAUGAUCUUCCAGAGCCUGAAUCCUCUGGCAGCAUGAAACCACUGGACAGUAACUCCCAGCUGGGCUGGGACAAGCAGCAGUGUGCUGGACCUGAUCUGCAGGACUCCUGCGAGGACUCGGCUCUUCUGGUCCUGGACAGAUCCCUGUCCUUGUCCGAGGCAGAGAGGCUGUUUGAUGAGCUGACGCAGGAGAAACUGCAGAUUGAAGCAGCUUUGAGUCGGAUGCCUGGAGCAGGUGGCAGAGUGACUCUGCAGACCCGCUUGGACGAGGUGGCCUUGGAGAACCGUCUGGAGAGGCUGAACCGGGAUCUGGGAUCCAUCCGGAUGACCUUGAAGAGAUUCCACGUCCUCCGUUCUUCUGCCAACAUAUAGCAACGUCUGUCCUCUUCCACCAGCUGCAGCUCGGUGUCCUGCAGCCUUUAUCUGUGCCAUGAGCUCCCCUGUACAGACCCCAUCACAUCUUUUUAUACGCAGUACUUAUUACUCUGGGAUAUUUUUUUAUGUCGGAAAAUUAUUGCAAUUUUUGAAGUAUAUUUUUUAGUAAAGCACAGAUUUGUAAAGUCCGUUUACUUUUUUAGCCACUGGAAUUGUAAACGUGUUUUAUCUGCCUGAAGGUUUUUAAUCUGCUCAUCGUUCAGAAUCUCACUGCCAUUUUUUAUUUCUUCAUGGAGAUUUUUAUGGUUUUCUCCAUUUGACAUGAUAGACGUAUUUAUUUUUAUUCCAUGUGUCAAAUUGAAUUUUUUCUUUAUAUUUUAUCAGUUUUGGAUCAAACUUCCUGAGCUUGAAGGAAAUCUUUACUUGAAUCAAAUUGCCUUUUUCCUUUGUUUACUUUCCAUUCCUACUUGUGGUUUAUUUAGCUUUAUGAUGCAGAACCGGACCACCCUGAUCAGAACCAAACCGCACACACACAAUUUCACUUCUCCUUCAGUGAGGAUGCCUGUGCAUGAAGCUUCUGCCACCGCUUCCUUUUGUCCACGAUGACGUGACUUCACUGGACCUGUAACGUCAGCACAAUAAAUGAACCUUUUU